ACCCCCCUCAUUCUCGCCUGUGAGGCGGAAAAGGUGUGCUGUGUGCGCCCGAAGUAUAUAAGGGGCCGGCGGACGGCGGGACAACUCACUGGUCUUCUCGAGUCCACGAGUAACAAGCCAACCAUGAACUCCUUCGCCGUCGUUGCCCUUCUGGGACUCAUCGCCGUCGCCAACGCCGGUGGCCUCGGCCUGUUCGGUGGCGGCUACGGCGGCCACGGUUAUGGCCACGGUUACGGCCUCGGCUACGGUGGUCUCGGCUACGGUGGUCUCGGCUAUGGCGGCUACGGACACGGUGUCGCUGUCGCUGCCGCUCCCGUCGCUGUCGCUGCCGCCCCGGUCGCCGUCGCCGCCCCUGCUGUGGCUUACGCCCGUCCCUCUGCCGCCCUCGUCGGCUCCUCCUACGCCAGCCACGUUAACCACGGCGUGAGCUACACCGCCCGCGCUGUCGCUGCUCCCGUCGCUGUCGCCCGCCCCGCCGCUGCCGUCGCCGUCGCCGCUCCCGCCGUGGCUGUCGCCGCUCCAGCCGUCGCCGUCGGUGGAUACGGUGUUGGCCUCGGCUAUGGCGGUUAUGGCGCUGGUCUUGGCUAUGGUGUUGGUCUUGGCUACGGACACGGCUACGGCCUCGGCGGCUACGGCGGCUAUGGUCUUGGCUUCAAGAAGUACUAAGCGGUACCACCUCACUUAGGAAACAAAUACUGAAUGGAUGGUCCCGCCAGAAGACCGGCCCUUGGGACAAGGACUGCAAGAGUGCCCGGCUUGCGUUGGUCUACGCAGCCGGCCAAGAGUCAUUGGUUGUUGUCGUUAAUAAAAUGUUUAAGUUAUUGAAAAACAAAACGCUUUGCGGUUUUGCACUUUCGCGGGAUCAAGGGAGAUAAAAUGGAAAGGCACGACGAACCGUAUCUUUUGCGGACAAAACAAGCUGUAGGCGCUGUAGCUGCUCGUUUGUAUUAUCGGGAAAUGGGCUUUAAAGAAAGCACACAUUUGGGGCUACCUCAUGCGCGCACACGUUAUCAUUCAUAGGGCUUCAUUUUUUUUUUCUUGGACUUCGGCAGUUCAUACGUAGGAGUUCAGUGGCUUUGUAUAUCCCUUACUUCUCUUUUCUUUAUUUCAUGACUUGUGUAUAUCCUCGCUUUGCUUGUAACAAAGCUUGGGAAA